AUGUGGCUGUUUAUUGCAAUCCUGUUUUUGACACAAGCACCUGUGAACUCAGAAGAUGCCACUAAGCAGAAAAAGGCUAUAAAUCCUGAGACUUUCAUGAAUGUUAGCCAAAUAAUCUGCCACAGAGGGUACCUGAGUGAAGAGUAUGAAGUCCUGACGCAUGACGGCUACUAUGUCACCCUGAACAGAAUUCCUCAUGGAAGAGAAAAUCCUAGGAACAGAGGGGACAAGCCAGUCGUAUUUCUCCAGCACGGGUUACUUGGAGAAGGCAGCCACUGGGUGGAGAAUCUGGCUAACAACAGCCUUGGCUUCAUACUAGCAGACUCUGGCUAUGAUGUCUGGCUAGGAAACAGCCGGGGGACAAGAUGGUCCCGGAGACACCAGCACCUUUCAGCUGACCAGGUUGAAUUCUGGGAUUUCAGCUUUCAUGAAAUGGCAAUGUACGACCUCCCAGCCAUGAUUCAAUUUGUUCUGCAGAAGACUGGGCAGAAGCAGAUCUAUUACGUUGGCCACUCCCAGGGCUGCACAAUUGCAUUCAUUGCAUUUUCAUCCAUGCCAGAACUGGCUCAGAAAAUCAAAAUGUUUUUUGCCCUGGCUCCAGUAGUGACACUCAAGCAUGCUAAAAGUCCCAUCAUGAAAAUAUCCUUCCUCCUGGACAGGCGGUUCAAGAUGCUUCAGCUUCUGCUAGGCAGAACGGACGCUUCACUGCGGAUAAGGAAGCUGUGGAGGUUUCUCCCCCAGCUGUGCAGGCACCCGCUACUGCACAAGCCCUGUGCCAACCUCUUCUUUCUGCUGGGAGGCUACAAUGAGAAGAACCUCAACAUGACGCGGCUGGAUGUGUACACAUCCCACUAUCCAGACGGGACAUCUGUCAAAACCUUGAUGCAUUGGGGCCAGGUGAUAAAAUCGGGACAAUUCAAAGCCUUUGACUAUGGCAGCAAAAACCCAGCCAUAUACCACCAGGAGACACCUCCCCUCUACCGGGUGGAGGAGAUGCCUGUGCCCACCGCCGUGUGGUCAGGGGGAGAAGACUGGACAGCUGACUGGAGGGAUGUCCUCCUGCUGCUUCCCCGCAUCACCCACAUUGUCACCUACAGCCACAUCCCUGACUGGAACCACUGGGACUUCAUCUGGGGCUUGGACGCCCCUGGGCGCCUCUAUAGCAGCAUCCUGGAGCUGAUGGAGGGGUCCCAGUAGAGCAGCAGCUCCCUAGGGAGAUGCCUGGCCCCUCUCCCUCAGCCACGACAGUGCAAGGAGGCAGUGGGACAUCCCCUGCUGUCCCCUUCUUCCUGCUGGCCUGACAUACUUGUGGUGAUGGUGCUUCCCACGCAUCCCUUAGUCAUCAGUGUUUGUCCUCCUUGCUUGAGAGCUCCUCAAGGACCAGUAGCACUUUGCAGGCAGGGCAGCGUGGGGAUCAGCCAAGGUGCUGGGGCAGGCAGGAGCCACUGGCAAGGCAGCCCCCCUGGGAGGGCCCCAGGGGGAUCGUGAAACUGCAUCCUGGGCUGUGUGAGGGGGAUGCUGUGACCCCGCUGUGACCCCCUGGUGACUGCCCAGUGGGUCAGGGAUCAGAGCACCCAACCCACAAGGAGAUGGGAGAGAGCUGGGCAUGUUGGGUCUGGCCGUGGGGAGGCAGGGGUGUUUGAGAGCAGCCCCUGAUCGCAGCACAGGAGUGAUGGAGGGGAAGGAAUCGAUGAGGCCAAACCCUUCUGGGCGGCAACAGGCAAUGCAACAAGGGGCUCCAGCCCCAGAUUGCAACUCAGGGCGGUUCAGGCUGGAUAUGGGGAACCCUUCUUCCCCCAGACAGAUCCCCAGGGAGGUGGAGGGUCUCCAUCUGGAGGGGUUCAGGGCUCAACUGGGCCAAGCCAGGCACUUGCCUGCACUGUUUGGUCCUGGGGCUGAGUAGCCAGAGGUUCCUGGGGAUGGCUGCGUGGCUCAACACCGACAUGCCAGGAAUGCUCGUCUUCCAUCCCUGGGAGCCACGACCUCAAAUGCUCCGGGGCCAGGAUGCAGGGCCACCGUCCCCCUACAAAGCUGCUGCCAGGCUGGUCCCCCGUGGUGGUGCACAGCCCCUGCUCCAUGGUCCCACCCUGCUGCUUGUUGGAAAACUGGAGGCGGGGAAAAUCCCUCCAUAAUAAAAGCUCAAAGGUGAUUUUAGGAGCGGGGAUUCCGGAAGCCUGUACCACAGCUCUCCCCUGCCUCUUCCUUGCACGCAAACACUUUCCGGGGGAGCUGCCCGUGCCCGGGGCCAGCCGGGAGCACCCCGGCACCCACCCACGCCCCACCACCGCCGGGGUGGGCAGCAGGCGGGGGCACCCCCUGGGCAGCACCGGCGCAGGAACGACGGCUGGAAAGAACCACCGGGCAGCCUCGGGGACGGAGAGCUUUAUUCCUGUCCAGGGCGGCUCGGCCAUCACCGGCCACGCGGGAGCGCCGGGGCCGGCGGCCCUGGAGGGCAGCUGCCUGCGUGACCGCUGCCCGCACCCGCAGCGCUCCCCGCUGCCGCCGGGCUGCGCACGGCCAGCGCAGCGCGCUCCCGGCCCGCUGUCGGCACCCCGAGACCCCCCGGCCGCGGCCCCAGGCGGCUCACGGGGGACGAGGGGGGUGAGGUGGUCCCGGGGCUGCCCCACACCCCAGCAAGGGCCCCCCCACCUGCGAAGCCAGCCGGCUGUUGGCCCCACUCCCUGAAGACAUCGCCCGCCGCGAGAAGAGACCCCGCCGGCGAUCGCCCCCGGCUCCCGCUCCUGCCGAGUCGCGGCGGGGCUGAGCCGGGGCGGAGCCGGGGCGGGGCGGAGCCGGGGCGGGGCCGAGCCGGGGCGGGG